AUGAGCUUAGAACGAAGAUUAGUAGACCAAGAAAUACCAAAUGUUUUAUUGAGUCAAGUUAUGCUACCUGGCUUACCUUUAACGACACGCCUUGCGUUAUCAUCUCUACCGAUUUUGAAUAAUGUUACUUCCCAGUUAUUACAGUUGCUUUUAAAAUAUAGAAACAAUAUUAGCCUGUUGUUUGUGAUGACUGAUCCUACACAGCGCUUAGAGUCAGGCGAAACUUAUGUGUUUCAAUCUUUAUUAAAAAUAUUCGAAAGUACUGUUUCCAUUUACAAAAAUAAUAAAAGAGACGGCUCUCAAAAUCUAUUAUCUGUCUAUGAUACUUUACCAUCUAUUUGGACAACAGAGGAUAAUUUGCCAGAAUUGAUGAGUAACCAUCAUCCUUUUUGGAUUUCUGCUACAAGAAAAGCUAAUCUAGCACUUUUAAUUUUGACAGCUUUCAAAUCAAUUAAAUCAUCCACAUUAGAUGAUAUUGCUCCAGGAAUAUUAGACUUAUUAUGCCCCAAUCUUUAUUUAAAUAAUUCUAAAUUGUCAAAUGAACAGAUUUCAAUUUUUAUUAGUUUCAAAAUCCAGCAUUAUUGUUACCUUUUAGAAAAAUAUCUAAAUGAAAUAGAUCAGCCAUUAAACACUCUAUUAGAUCAAAAUGUUGUUGAUAGCAUCUUAGAUGAUGUCUUUUCUCCUGGGUUUUCUUACGAAUUGUUGUUAAAGGUCCCACUUAAACCUCAUAAUGACAUCAAUGCUACGAUCAGCGAUAGUACUGAUUUAAAUGAGAGCCACUUGGUUGAUGACUCAACUAGGAAGUUAAAUGAUUCUCAAAAAUUAUUAAUAUUAAAAUAUAAUAAAAUUAAAAAUGAAUUAUCAAGAUAUACAACUUUACAGUCUAUUAGAAAUGAAUAUAAUUAUAAGGAAUUCUUAAUGGAUCUUUUAAAAUUUUCUUACAAUGAAUUACCUACCGUUUUGUUUGGUACCGAUGUUAAUUUAAUUGUACCAACUAAUGCCAGCACUUCAACUCCAUUUAUUGAAACCAAAAAUCAACUACUGUUAUCAACUGUCUAUUCAAACUUCCAAAACUUUGAUAGAAAUAUAUUUUAUGCAACUGGUUUAAACUUUACUAUAAGGCUAGAUAAUAAUAAUUCUAGCUCAGUAAUAAAUAUAUCAGGUAGUAACGUUGAUAGCAUGCAACCUGAAAACGCAUCUCCAAAUACAUCUGCUAAUAGCUCUACGCCCCCUGAUGAAAUUAACCCACAUCUAUUAUAUAUCCCAUUUAACGACAAAUAUUCCAACAUGAGCCCAAUAUUGAUUGGAUCUGAAACUACCAGAUUUCACACAUCGGAAGCUAUAGGCGUUGAUGCAAUUGACUCGAUUGAUACCGCAAUAUCUAACAAUAACAAUAUCAAUAGUACCACAAACUCGCAUGAUGAUCACCACUCGAAUAAACAUCAUAAAUCUUCUACAUCAGUACUGACUAAUAACAAUCAUGAUUUGCUCCAAGGUCAAGAUGAGAAUGUCGCUAGUUUAUCUACCACAGCGGAAAGAAUAAUUAACGAUGUAUCUUUAGCAAAUAAUCUAUCAAUAGCGACAUCCCCAAAACAGCAUAAUAUGAGAAAAUUACCAACAAGAAGAGCAUGGUCAAAAUUUGAAGAAAGCGUAUUAAGAGAAGGAUUAAAAGAAUACGGGACCUCAUGGUCAAAGAUUUUGGAUUCUUAUGGCCCACAUGGGAAGAUUAAUCAAGUUUUGAAAAAUAGAACUCAAAUACAAUUAAAGGAUAAGGCAAGAAAUUGGAAAAUUAGUCUAUUGAAGCAUCAGGAACCAUUACCAUUUUAUUUAGAAAAAGUAACAGGCAAUUUAGAAAAUGUUUUAAGCUAUCGAAAAAAGGGAACACCAGUUGUAACAAAAAUUGAGAAAGAUCAAAGUUUAAAUAUGGAUAAUAUGAGUGUUUCAUCAACUCAUUCAAACACAGCCGCAAACACACCAAGUUUAUCGACAGUAGUAGCUGCAGCUGCAGUUACAGCAGCUACUUCAGAUAUGCCAAAUAAAAUUCCUUUGGUUCCUAACUCACCCUCAAUUUCAAAUAAAGAUGACAAUGUUUUAUUCCCUACGCAUUAUUCAAAUUCGGGUAAUAAAUCUCAUCAUAUUUCAGCCGUAGGAGAUGAUUCAGCAGGUAAUCCUAAUAGUAAUUCUGAAUUGCAAAGUUCGCAUUCUUUUGAAUCGGAAGCUAGUUCUUCACCUGAUUCCCCAUCAAGUCCUCUAGAUAAUAACAGUGGUAGUAAUACAGAUCACAUCAAUGGAACAGAUAGCAAAAAUAACCAUACUUCACAGCAAUCUAAUGAUAAUUUAUUCAAUAAUGCCGAAACACAUGAAUCGAAUAAGUAUGAUCCACAUCUCAUGUAA